AUGGACGCAUCAACAGAGCACGAAGCCUCGUGGCUGUUUGACUCCUCUCUGAGUGAGCGCUAUGCCAAGCGGACAAGAGUGUCGGUAGCUUGCAGUCGCUGCAAGUCACGCAAAAGCAAAUGCGACGGAGCUCAUCCGCAUUGCUCUGCCUGCUUAACAGCCAAUGUUGAGUGUCAGUAUCCUCACUCGUCAAGGCCCCCAAGUAAAACGCAGUAUAUCCGCGCCCUUGAGGAUCGAGUAGUUGAGUUGGAAAAGAAACUUGCACGUCUGACGAAGAACGAGGGAGAUGUGCCGCCACGGGAGAGCGACUCAACCGGCGAUGACGGGUCCCCAAGUCAAUCCCAAGUCAAUGUCCCGGGCAAUGCGGAAGGCGGCGUGAGCUCUCUCGUAUCGCUCAUACGGGAUUUAUCUUGCGAGUCUGGCGGUGUAUAUGUCGGGGCUUCUUCUAAUAUCUCGAUGGGCAGGAUGAUGGCUUCAGUAGUGCGCAAUGGAGGGAAACCAGAGACGAUACGCGAGGUUGAGUGCGGGGAAGAUUUGUCUCCAAGAUCUGUAUUCUGUGUCAACCUCCCAGAUGCGGCUGCCAUAGAUCUGGAAGAUGUCCCUUCGGAAGUCGCAACUCGUUUAUAUCAUGGAUACCUCCAGCACAUCUCGACACGAUGGCCCAUACUCCACACCCCAUUCAUUGCUGAUAUUCAUCAGCACAGGGAUUGCUUGGACCGCCUUGAGGAUAAAAUACUCCUCCACCUUGUCUAUGCCAAUGGUGGAAGGUACCUGGAGACAACCGGAGAAGUUGGCAACUUCUUUCCAGAACGACAUUAUAAUGCAGCUAUUGAGCAUCUCGAAGCGAUAGUGGGAUGGAGGAACCUUCGAACAGUUCAAAUUUUGCUAUUGCUUGGAAUCUAUUCACUGAGAGCUCCAAAGGUCCCCGGGGCCUGGAACUACGUUGGAUUGGCUAUGAGAACAUGUGUUGAAUUAGGCAUGCAUCGAAGAAAAUCGUUCUCCUAUCCCACACUUGAGGAUGAGCUCUCCAACAGAGUCUUCUGGUCCGGCUAUAUGCUUGACCGCCAAAUUUCCUUGGCUCUUGGACGGCCAUUUGCGCUUCCCGAUCACGAUAUCGAUGCCAUGAUGCCCAUGAACGUUGAUGAGGAGGCAACGAGCCUCGACGUCAACAACAAUACGUUACCAAAAUCAUCUUCACUGGCCUGCUUCAGGCAAACUAUCAAAAUAAGACAGAUCGAGUCUCGAAUCAAGGACACCAUAUAUCGUCUAGAUCGAAGCACAGACGAUAUCUCAGAUGCUACCAUCUCUCGGUUCCAAAUGGACCUAGAAAACUGGAAGGACGAAAUCCCUCCACCGAAUCAUGUUCCAGCUGAUCUUGGACCACGGCCAUAUGAUGGUUACGAUUAUUACAUGCAUUUCUAUUACAACUGUCUGCGGCAGUUAUAUUUUCCAAUCGUACUUUCGCAACGAUCCCGAUACGUCAAAGAAUGUGCCAAGGCAUGCAUUGGAGUCUGUGAAACUUUCAAGAAACUUCAUCGCAACUCAGUAGUUGGGUACUCACUCUGGGCUCUACAAACAGUCUUCUUAGCCGGACUCACCCUGAUAUAUACGAUCUGGAUUAAUCCUGGAGAACUCUAUUCGCAACGGGCCAUCGGCGCACUGAACGAUUGCAAUGUGAUCUUAUACAUCAUCGUCGAGAGGUGGCCAAUGGCGAAGAAGUAUCGUGAUGCUUUUGAGGAAAUUAAGGAUAGCGUUGCUGUGCUUGUAGCAGACGGAAAACAAGAGCAACGACCGAUCCUUCCAAGAAACUCAAAUGCAAUCGCUCGGGAAGUGCUGGCUGAAGAAUCGGGCUUCCACGACUACGGACAAAUGAUCCUUGACAUGACACAACAGACACCACCUGAGAGUCAAGGAACUACUGUUGAGAACGGUGGUAUCCCUGUUCACUCCAGCUUCACUCCGGAUAUCGGUCAAAUGCCUAGCAACCAUGCAGUAUUUCACUUUGAUGAUGAGAUUCUCUUCGACAUUCCCACUGGAAUGGACGACUUCGGUAACAGCAUGUACAUGCCCCAAAACACUUGA